AUGGCCAAGAACUUAAUGAAAUACACCAACCUUGGUGAAUCUGGCCUUAGAGUCUCCCGUAUCUGCGUAGGCUGCAUGACCUUCGGCGAUCGUCGGGGAAGCUUCAAAACGUGGGCCGUUGAAGAAGCCGAGGCUCUCCCUAUCCUCAAAGCUUGCUAUGAUUCCGGUAUCAACUUUUUCGAUACCGCAAAUGUUUACAGCAACGGAACAUCCGAAGAGAUUCUCGGUGCCGCCAUCAAGAAGUAUGCAUUCCCUCGUGAGAACAUCGUUGUUGCCACAAAAUUGUGUGCGCCGGUUGGCAAGAGGAAGGAAGAGGGAUGGGAAAAUGUACUUCAGUUGGCACCUGAGGAUAGAGAUGCAAACGGUUAUGUUAAUGCGUAUGGAUUGAGUCGUAAACAUAUCUUCGAUAGCGUAGAUGCGAGUUUGAAGCGCUUGGAUCUGGAUUAUAUUGAUCUACUACAAAUUCAUCGAUUUGACCCCCGCACACCGAUAAAGGAGACGAUGAAGGCCCUGCAUGAUGUGGUUGAAAGCGGCAAGGUUAGGUACAUUGGUGCGUCAAGUAUGUAUGCGCAUCAGUUGUUGGAAAUGCAGUAUACGGCGCGACUAAACGGAUGGACGGAAUUCAUCAGUAUGCAAAACUUGCAUAACGCAGCUUAUAGGGAGGAAGAGAGGGAGAUGGUGCCGAGUUUGAAGAAGUUUGGUAUGGGUAUGAUUCCGUGGAGUCCGAUUAUGAUGGGGUAUCUAGCCAGGCCUCAUGAUCAGGCUGCAGAAAGCGACAGAGGAAAAGCUAUGAAUGGGAAGUUCAUGGGGAAUGAGUUGACGGAGGCGGACUUGAAGAUUAAUGAGAAGAUUCAGGAGAUUGCGAAGAAGAGAGGUGUCAGUAUGGCGAUUGUGGCCAUGGCUUGGAGCUUGAGCAAGGAGUAUGUUACCGCGCCUAUCGUUGGGAUGGGAAAGAUUGAGAGAGUUCAAGAGGCGGUCGAUGCUGUUAAUUUUGAAUUAACCAAGGAAGAGAUAGCGAGCAUUGAUGAGUUAUAUCAACCUAGGAAAAUCAUAGGCUUCUCUUAG